AUGAGUGCUGCGGUACAGAAUCUCGUCAUUUCGCUCGUGGCGAUGCAACUUGCUCGCAAGAUUCCAUUCGACGACCCCGAGGUGCUCACCUACGUGCGCAUUGGGUACGUGUCGGUUCAGCUCCUCGUCCUAUCGACGUAUUAUUACCUCAACAUGAAGAUCAAGCAGAAGAAUGAUCAGACGGUGUUGAAGUAUGUUGAAGCUGCAAACCCGAUGACGCAACAGCCUGGGGAUCUCGUUACCACGACCGUACGGGAUUACGACCUCCAGGAAGUCACCAAAUCCGUCCGUGCUGUCUAUAUGGGUCUCGCGAUGAUGGGUUUCCUCCACCUGUAUCUCAAGUACACACAACCUCUCUUCAUCCAGGGCCUCAUGGGCCUAAAGAAUGUGUACGAUGCGAAGGUCGUACAGAUUCAUAUCUUUGGCAAGCCUGCGGAGGGUGAUCUUAAGCGGCCCUUCAAGGCGGGUGGUGGUUUAUUCGGUGGUGCCUCUGGCGAGCCAGCGACGGACAAGGCUGCAAUUGACGAGGCAGAGAAGAAGGUCGGCCCAAAGAAGGACGAGUGA